AUGAUGCAGAGACAGGGGGAGAUGAAGAGAACGAGGGAAGAUGAGAUGAAGAGGCUAGAAGAGAUGGAGAGGGGAAGGAAGAGAAAACACAGGAUGAAGGGAAGGAAGAGGAGGAAUCCAGCAGAGCCACACUCAACAGCCAGACUGACGGUCAGAGAGGAUCUUUAUCAUAAAGUGGGAGGUGAGCUGGUGUUGACACCGGAGAAAUCCACAGUGCCUGACUUCAUCACAAGCAUCCUAUGGAAGCAUGGGAAGAACAAGGUGGCAGAGUGGGACAAGGAUUUUGGUAGUCUGGACAUCUAUGCUGCCUUCAAAGAGCGUACAACCCUGGACCAGACUACUGGAGAGCUGAGAAUCAGUGGAUUGAUGAAAACAGACAGUGGAGUUUAUUCUGUGGAGUUUAACAGCAAACUGCUUGACAAGACAUAUAAACGAUCUGUUAUCAAGGCAGUCCCCAAACCCACAAUCACUUCUUCCUGUAACGCCAACCAAACCUCCUGCACUCUGACCUGUGAAGGCAACACCACUGAUGCUGAACCAGUCACCUACAGCUGGAAAGUGGGGGAGGGGGCGUGGGAGGUUGUAGACAAACAGCUAAGUGUUUCUAAGAGCGACAGUGGCAAAUCAAACAAUGGGUACAAGUACAUCUGCAAGCUGAAGAAUGCUGUUAGUGAGGAAGUCAGUGAGCCAGUUGGAGAGGUGUUUGGUCCAGAGGCAGUCCCCAAACCCACAAUCACUUCUUCCUGUAACCCAGACAAAACCUCCUGCACUCUGACCUGUGAGGGUGACACCACUGAUGCUGAACCAGUCACCUACAGCUGGAAAGUGGGAGAGAGAGCAUGGGAGGUCUUAUACAAACAGAGGAAUGUCUCUAAGAGCGACACUGGCAAAUCAAACAAUGGCUACAAGUACAUCUGCAAGCUGAAGAAUGCUGUUAGUGAGGAAGUCAGUGAGCCAGUUGGAGAGGUGUUUGGUCCAGAGGCAGUCCCCAAACCCACAAUCACUUCUUCCUGUAACGCCAACCAAACCUCCUGCACUCUGACCUGUGAAGGCAACACCACUGAUGCUGAACCAGUCACCUACAGCUGGAAAGUGGGGGAGGGGGCGUGGGAGGUUGUAGACAAACAGCUAAGUGUUUCUAAGAGCGACAGUGGCAAAUCAAACAAUGGGUACAAGUACAUCUGCAAGCUGAAGAAUGCUGUUAGUGAGGAAGUCAGUGAGCCAGUUGGAGAGGUGUUUGGUCCAGAGGCAGUCCCCAAACCCACAAUCACUUCUUCCUGUAACCCAGACAAAACCUCCUGCACUCUGACCUGUGAGGGUGACACCACUGAUGCUGAACCCGUCACCUACAGCUGGAAAGUGGGAGAGAGAGCAUCGGAGGUUGUAGACAAACAGCUGAUUGUCUCUAAGAGCGACAGUGGCAAAUUAGCCAAUGGUUACAAGUACACCUGCAAGCUGAAGAAUGCUGUUAGUGAGGAAGUCAGUGAGCCAGUUGGAGAGGUGUUUGGUCCAGAGGCAGUCCCCAAACCCACAAUCACUUCUUCCUGUAACCCAGACAAAACCUCCUGCACUCUGACCUGUGAGGGCGACACCACUGAUGCUGAACCAGUCACCUACAGCUGGAAAGUGGGAGAGAGAGCAUGGGAGGUCUUAUACAAACAGAGGAAUGUCUCUAAGAGCGACACUGGCAAAUCAAACAAUGGCUACAAGUACAUCUGCAAGCUGAAGAAUGCUGUUAGUGAGGAAGUCAGUGAGCCAGUUGGAGAGGUGUUUGGUCCAGAGCCUUCCAGUAUCGGUGCUGUUGUUGCUCUGGUUGUCUGUCUCAUUGUAGCAUUUGCUGUCAUAACAGGACUUUUGGUGUGGAAGAAAAAGACAGGAUAUCCCCAAAACACCUGGAUUGACUUUUUGAGAAAGUAUUUUGUUGGAAUGUUUGCUAAAGGCAGUGAUGUAGUCCAGCCAGAACAAGGGAAAUUCAACGCAGAUAAAGCUGAAAAGGUGCAGGGGAAAGAAGGGGGCGAUGAUAAGACUAAAGCGAAUGGCAGCGCUGCACCAGGGGGCGACCUUAACGCAGCUGAAAAAGGAGAGGCAAAUGGAGAGGGGUCCGUGCUGCUGAACGAAGACACGGUGAAGUACGACAAUGGAAAGGGGGCAGCAGAAGAGAAUUCAGCAUUGUAGGACGCCAGGGAACUGUGGACCAGAGGUACACAGAGGAUCAUGAAGACAAGAGAACCCACCAUCUCAUCUGGCCUACCAGCACUGGACGACAUGGGUGUCCCUCUGAGGUUGCGUUUUUUGUGGAUUUACCUUUUUUGGGAAAGAAGAUUUGAUUUGAAUUGAAUAAUUAUUGAGAAUCAUGGAUUUAAAGGAACUGAAUCUCUUUUUGACUUUGACUUUUGGACUAUUUAAAAAAAUAUAUAUAUAUAUAUUUCCCCUUUAUUUAACCAGGUAGGCCAGUUGAGAACAAGUUCUCAUUUACAACUGUGACCUGGCC